CCGUCGUCGCCCAAAUGCGAACCUCAUUUCCCUCGAUUCGCUUCGCCGUCGUCGUCGGCAUUGGGGGAGGAGUUCCCAGUGCGAGACAUGAUAUCCGGUUGGGUGAUGUUGUAGUUAGCCAACCGACCGGGCGCUCGAGCGGGGUGGAACAGUAUGACUAUGGAAAGACUAUCAAUGGCCGGUGAGAUAGAAGGCCACAAUCCGAAUAUGGUAGAGAUAGUCUCAGAUGCAUUACAUGCCAGUCAUGAGAUGACAACCCGAUAUUCACGGCCAACGGAACCGGAUCAACUCUUUCAUGCGACAUAUACCCAUCGGGAUGGCGAGGAAACUUGUCUUUCCUGCGAUAUGAGCCACUUGUGUCCUCGGAAUCCACGAUCGCCGAAUCAACCACAAAUCCAUUAUGGAGUGAUUGCAUCUGGGAACCAGGUUAUGAAGGACGGACAAGUUCGGGAUCGGCUUGCUAAAGAUAUGGGAAUGCUGUGUUUCGAGAUGGAGGCUGCUGGGAUUAUGAACCAGAUCCCGUGCCUGGUUAUUCGGGGUAUCUGUGACUACGCCGAUUCACAUAAGAACAAGCACUGGCAAGGAUAUGCGGCACUAACUGCCGCCGCUUAUUCCAAAGUCCUGCUAUCUAUCGUGCCUGUCAAUCAACCUCGGAACUUGAUAUCUCGAAGUGCGUCUUGGAUGGUUCCUUUUGCACGUAAUCCACGAUUUUUAGAGCGCGAGAAUCUGGUGCCGGACUUAACACAAACUAUUGUCAAAAAUGGAGGACCGCGGAAAAGGGCUAUUGCUGGCCUGGGUGGGACUGGAAAGACUCAGAUUGCAUUAGAGCUGGCUUAUGCGCUUCGGGCCAGCAAUCCUGAAUUCUCCAUUUUUUGGAUUCCCGCGAUGAAUAUCAAAUCGAUCGAGCAGGCAUAUUUCGACAUCAGUGAACAUCUAGGACUUCAAGGCGUAUCUCAGACAGAUGUGAGGCCACGAGUGAAGACUUACCUGAGCUCUCAGAACGCCGGCCCCUGGCUCUUGAUUAUCGACAAUGCGGAUGAUCUAGAGAUAUGGAAGUCAUCUGCUGGCUCCUCUGCUGGCUUCAGGUCUUUCCUGCCACACAGUGACCGUGGCUUCAUCCUUGUUACAACGCGAAAUCGGCAGCUCGCAACCCUACUCGCUGGCCCAGAAGUGAUCAGUGUUAGUGAGAUGGAUGAUCAAAUGGCAGUUAACCUUCUCUUUGCAUCACUUACUCAGAAAGAUGUUGUCUAUCGCGGCCAAAUUAGUACCGAACUUGUCCGUCAGCUGAGCGGCCUCCCUUUAGCCAUUGUACAAGCAGCGAGUUAUAUUAACGAGACCGGAAUCUCUUUAGAAUCGUAUCUGAACCUUUUGCAUGAGCAGGAAGAUGUGCUGCUAGAACUACUCAGCCAGGACUUUGAGGAUGAUUUCCGAUACUAUACAAUACAGAAUGAUGUGGCAGCCACAUGGCUAAUCUCAUUUCAUCAAAUCCAGCAAUCUAACUCAUUAGCAGCUGACUAUCUCUCUCUUAUGGCUUGUGUUUAUUCACGAAGCAUUCCCCAGUCACUACUUCCGCCGGCGACUUCUAUUAUCCAGCAACAAAAGGCUCUCGGUCUUCUUAAGGCUUAUUCAUUUAUCACGGGAGAAGACCAUGACCGAUUCAUCCAUCUUCAUCGACUGGUUCACCUGGUGAGCCGAAACUGGCUGAAAGAAAAACAACAACUCACUAUAUGGAUCGGUCAGACGAUGAAGCGAUUCAGUGAAGUUUUCCCAUCUAGCGCAUAUGAAAAUCGAACCCUUUGGCGAGAAUACAUGCCUCAUGUACAGUUCAUCUUACAAAGCCAGGAGUUGGAUAUUGAUAGCCAGAAUCAGGGUAACUUACUGCAGAAUGUGGCAGAAUGUCUGUAUCAUGAUGGAAAGUAUCACGACGCAGAAAUUCUUUUUCAAAAUAUUCUUAGGUCCCUGAGCGCACAACUCCCAGAAGAUCAUCACGACGUGCUUCAAACUAAGAUGUGGAUGGCAUUGACGUUCCGGAGUCAAGGACGGUGGACAGAAGCAGAACAGCUAGAUGUGCAAGUAAUGGAGACAAGAAAGACAGUGCUAGGGCCGGAGCAUCCUGACACACUGAUCAGCAUGGCGAACUUGGCAUCAACGUUCCGGGAGCAAGGACGGUGGACAGAAGCAGAACAGCUGGAGGUGCAGGUGAUGGAGACAAGGAAGAUAAUGCUGGGGCCGGAGCAUCGUGACACACUGAACAGCAUGGAGAACCUAGCAUCAACAUUCCAGGGUCAAGGACGGUGGACAGAAGCAGAACAGCUGAGGGUGCAGGUGAUGGAGAUAUUCAAGACAGUACUGGGACCAGAGCAUCCUGACACACUGACUAUUAUGGGGAACCUAGCAGCAACGUUCUGGAGUCAAAGACAAUGGAUAAAAGCAGAACAGCUGGAAUUGCAAGUAAUGGAGACAAGGAAGACAGUGUUAGGGCUGGAGCAUCCCUCCACAUUGACCAGCAUGGCGAACCUGGCGUCGAUGUUAUGGAGUCAAGGACGAUGGACAGAAGCAGAACAGCUGGAAGUGCAGGUGAUGGAGACAAGGAAGACAGUACUGGGACCAGAGCAUCCCUCCACACUGACCAGCAUAGCGAACCUAGCAUUAUUGUUCCGAGAUCAGGGACGGUGGACAGAAGCAGAACAGCUAG